GCGUCGCCGCGAGUGCUACGACGCUGCCAGGGGAGACGCAUCCUCUCUUCUCCGGUCGUCGCCGCCGAAGCCGAAGCCGGAGCGCGUGCAGUCGCAGCCGUGUGUGCCCGUGUCCGAAAAAUGUAAUAUGGCGAUGGUUGCGUCAAACAUGAGCGGCCACAUACAAAAGCAGCUCACCAGGAGCCUCGAGCGGAUCCUGGAGGAGGCGCACCUGAGCGGCGAGCUUAAACUGAGCGGUCGUAAGCUCAAGGACUUCCCAAAGGUCGGGAAAGCCGGCGCGGCCAAGUACAAUCUGCAGGACACCGUCAUCGCCGAUCUUUCGAAAAAUCGCUUCAGUGAGUUACCGGAGGAAGUCACGGAAUUUCCAUUCCUCGAGAAGCUGCACCUUUACCAUAAUGCCAUAAGAAUAAUCCCGGAAACCGUCUCGAUGCUCCAAUCCCUGAACUACCUCGAUCUUAGUCGAAACCAAUUGACGUCACUACCUCGAGAGAUAUGCAGGCUACCCCUCCAGACCUUGCUAGUCGCGCACAAUAGAUUAGCAUCUCUGCCAGAUGAACUGGGCAGGAUGACAGCGUUGGCAGAACUGGACGCAGGUUGCAACGAAAUCACGAGCCUUCCACCUCGAAUAGGCGACCUUGCGCGGCUCCGGUCUCUAGACUUGAGGAGCAACUUGUUGGUGCACCUGCCUAUAGAACUGACGUACCUGAGGCUCGUGAAGCUGGAUAUUAGCGGCAAUCGAAUAUCUGUGCUUCCGAACGAGAUGAGGAAGAUGAAGGGAUUGGUGGAUUUCAGACUGUCCGACAAUCCGCUGACCUCGCCGCCUGCCUCGCUAUGCAUUCGCGGGCGAACGCACAUUUUCAAGUACUUGGAAAGGCAGGCAGCGAAACACGAGAGAGCCAGAGGUGGUCGAACGCGGCGAGCACCUUUGGACGCGAGGGGUCACGUGACGCUGGACACGAGGUCGCAUCGGCGGCACAACGUUGACAGCGGGUACAGCACGAGCGAUGGCGUCGACAAGCGUUGGUCCCAGGAAAUCCACAGCGCGGUGCACGACGGUGAAGUACGCGGCUUGUGGCGGCAGGAAUGCUCACCGCUUUCGAUAACGCUACCGCACGAGGUAGGCGUGAACGGGUCCUGCAGUGGCACGUCGACACCUAGCACGAUUUCACCUGGGGAGCACACGUCUCUGGAAGAUGAAUUGGGCAAGGCGAUGAUACUGCACGAUCAGCUGGAAAAGAGGAGAUUAGAGAGGAGCACAUCGGAGAACGGGGCAGACAUUAGGAGACCGAUGAUCUCUGGCCUUCAUCACACAUCGAUUACGCCACCGGGCCAUCUGGAAUCCACGCAUUUGACGACGAGUCAGUCGCAGCAGACACCGUCCGCGCAAUCGGUACACCCGCUUCAGACUGCGAUGAAUCCCGCCAGCCUGGUGAACGGCGACGAUAAGAGGCCAUUGAAUCACAUACAAACGUACAGGGAGUACAAGGAAGCUCUGAAGCUGCAGAGAGCUAACGAAGGUCUAAGCGUAUAUAGACCUCGCGAACAGGUGACACCACCAGGCAAUGAGUCGCAAAACAACGACUCGACCGACUCGAGCAAUAAGGAAAUUAUUACUCUAACUGGUAAGCAAAUCUUUAACGAGGACAACGCGUUAAAGAGGCCGGUGCAGAAGGUCACCCCGUCGCGAAUCAACUACCAAAACACGCCGAUCAUUAACGGCAGCAACAACGAGUACAACAACAAGACCGGAAAAUAUUUCGAACAACCUUACAAAAAGCCUAGCUCGCCCAUCAAAACUUGCAGUAGUAUCCUGUCUGUGAACACGAGUCCAGCACACGCGCCCAGGCUGGUGAAAACCGCUGUUGGUUACGUAGAAGGCAAUAAGAGUCCAAGCAAAAACGGUGGCAGUCCGAAAUCUCCAGGAUCCGUUACGUGGAACAGUAAUUUGCCUGAAAAGUAUUCUUUUACUAUGAGAAGAGAAUUUGAACGCGCCAAAGAGGAAGCUGAUUUGAUUGAACAACUACGACAUCACAUAGAGACGAGAUUAAAAAUGGCACUGCCGGAGGACCUCGCACCAGCAUUAACGGACGGCGUUGUUCUUUGCCACCUGGCUAAUCAUGUCAGACCACGAUCGGUUGCCAGUAUACAUGUUCCUUCUCCCGCUGUACCUAAGCUGACAAUGGCGCGAUGCAGGCGUAAUGUCGACAACUUCCUCGAGGCGUGUCGAAAGAUUGGCGUCGAUGAGGAGGCGUUGUUGGACGCGGACGCAAUCAUGGACGUGGGUUACAUGGACGCGUACGGGCUGGAGGCUCUGGCGCGUCUCGUCACCGCUCUUCUCCUUGCUCGCGAUGAGGGGGGGAGUGGCACCGAAAAACCGGCCGCAGAUUCACUCCGUACGAUUCAGGACCGCGUUCUAUCCGCGAUGCUUCUCGCGACAUUCCUAUCCACCCUGGUUCUGCUCUACCUCUUCCCGCUCCCCAAUUAGUAAGACAGUGACGAGAAUGAAGAGCCGCCAGUGCGCGCGACAGAAACGAAGAAGUGACUGAUUGUGAGAGUUAAAAUAAGGGGAGAAAGAAAGUGUGCCAGAAUGAAAACUACGAUAUCUGGAGAUGACGAUUCCCAGAAAAAAUUUUUUUAUUCAUCAAAAAUCUGAGAAUUAUCAUCUCGUUUAAACAACGAUGCACGCGCGACACUUUCAAUGUUUCUUUCGUGAUUUGACACUCUUAGGGCGGCGUGUUCGAUUACUUUUUGUUUGCAUUUAUAUUUAUUGAGAUUUGAGAAAGUGUCGCGGAGAAGGGAAUUGGAUUUCGACGUCGAGGAUUCGCACAGGUGAUAUUUAACACAGAUCUCUUUAGACGAAAAGAAAAGACUUAGAAAUGGUUCGGUGAUGAGCAUGACAUUUUUCUUUUGUGAGAAAAAACUAAACACUUGAAUAUUUAUAUGAGAAAGUAAUUAUCGUCGACGUCGAAACGCUCUGCGAGUUGUUAAAAUGUCUUUCAGAGCGUACACAUCAAAGAAUGAUUCGUGAUCGCCGCGUCUAGGCGUUUUAAAAAAUAUCAGAAUAUAUCUUUUCGUAGGACCUCGCUGAGGCAGAGUACUUAGUUCUCAAUAAUCUCGAUUUAUCACAGAUUAGUAGCUUUAAAACAGGGUUGUUCGCUUUUUUCGACCUCCGUUUGCGUAAGUUUCUUCGCUCGAGCGAGUUCGAAUGCGCGAGCGAGAAACCUCAUGGUCAACGGAGAAUUUUUGGAGAUAGUUUUUAAGUAUCGAUAUAGGCAGCUUGGUGAAAUGUUUAAUCGGAUAAGUAUUACGUAAGUUUUGUUUCGAUAAGAGCCUUCAUUUUUCAUUGACGAUGUAUACUAUUUGCAUGCGAGAGUUCGUGAGAUAACAACGUUGCGAAACACGAGAAACACGACUGUCCAAGCAAAAUUUUCUUUCACAGUCUCAUUAGUUACCUUGACGUAAAAUCAAAGAGCGCAAUCAAAGGCGAAGGCGCGCUCGCAUAUCAUUUGGUUGUCUGGUUUCUGUAAGCGUAUCUUACAGAAUGAAUUGGUUGUCGGAUCGUCGCUUGCGAUCGUGCAAGCUGAUUUUCAUCAUCGGCUGAACCGAUGAGAUGAUAUUUUGAUAAAAAGCAGGAUGAAAACGAUGGUCAAAAUCGGGAAAAUGGUGGUGUGCAAUACUUGUUCAAGAAUUGUAUAAAUCGUAUAUAUUCAUCCUACAUAUUUAAUUGUUCCGUAUUCUCGGAAAGUAUUCAUUGCCUUCUAUACGAUGAAAGCCUCCGAUUUACAAUCGUCUUAGCUAGUAUUGCGACAUCAAUCUUUGUAUGUUUAAUAUGCCUGGGAUCUGCGAUUGUCUCUCAGGAAGAGAAAAAAUGAGCGGAAACGAAAGGAUAGCUAUCGAUUGCCUUCGAUGGUAGUAUUUUUUUAAGAUUCGACCAAUGAACCGCCAUCUAUGGCUUUUUCAGGAUUGGUGGAUCUGUGAUAGGUAGCCUGCAAAUAUAUUACAGGAUUCACAAAAAGGUGCUAAGGAAAUCUCUUUUUAGUUCGAGGAUUUUCUAUUUUGGUACGUAAGGUCUAACGAGAGAUAGAAUUUGAAAGAUAAUAAGGUGAUGUUUAUAUUUGUUUGUUGUAAGUUAUUACUAGGGGUAUAUCGGUUUCUUUGCUCGUAAUUUCGUAAGUUUAGAUCGAUUGUCUUCUUUAUAUGCAGUUAUUUGACACAAAAAUAGACAUAUUUAUUUCAGAAAGGAAGGAAACAAAAUAGAGCACUCUUCAAUACUUUAUUCGACCAAAUAAUUCGAUCGUGAUACUUACAAGUAGAUCGGAGUUAUUUUAAUUUGUAUUUUUGGAAAAUCUAUCUUAAAUCGAAUUUUAUGAUCGCUAAGAACGUAACAAUCAAAAUUCUACAGGUGGUAUUGAAAAUUAAAUUAUCGACUUUAAUUUUCAAUAUAUUUACUCUUCCAAG